AUGGACCUCCCCAGAGGCUGGAUCUGGGAGAGGAAAUGGUCAGGAUCCAAUGCGAUCGAUCCGAGUCCGAUCAAGUAUGCAACUGGUGCCGGCACCACAAUCUGGACUGCACACUUAACCGAAUCCGGGGCAGGAAGAAGAAGGCCAAACUGCCGCGGCAGAAGCUCAACCGAGAGCAUUGUCAAGCGCCUCGAGCGAAUAGAGCAGGGCAUCGCCAGAGCAAAGGCUAUCAAGCAGGGCACCCAGAUACAUGUACCUCCUGCAGCACCUCCUACAGCACCUCCUACAGCACCUCCUAUAGCAUCUCCCGCAGUCCCUCCCGCAGCUUCUCCCGCAGCUUCUCCCGACGUUCCUAGCAUCUAUCAGCGGAAGAUCACCCACGGUCGGUGCACUAUCUGUAGAGCCAAUGGCCAUUCCCAAUCGUCCUCGUCGUCUCGACAGCUCGGCGCCACUCCUCUUGGCCAAGUCUGGUUCUCCGGUCAGAAGUUUGCCGCUGUCUGCUCGCGGAAUGGUAUUCCCCAUUUCACUUCACUUGGAGAACAAUGGAUCUACUCUCGAACUGGACUAUGGCCACGAUUCCACAACGACGACACCACCUCUCCACCCAGCGACAUCACUGAUCAAACGCCCUCCUAUGCCCCAACCUUUGAUAUAUACAACAACCAGACGACGCAGCCUCAGACAGGGGCACUUCCCGACAAACGCAUAACGUUGGCACUACUUGACCUUUUCACAUACAAUGAUUUCCGUCUCGUCUUCCCUGUUGUGGAUCAUGAGCUUUUCCAGGAGACCAUACGGCUAGCGUACGACUCGCCGGACGAGAAUCCCACAAUACAUGUUAUUGGCAGCAAGGCUUGCGUUCUUGCUUUCCUAUCCGUCACCGGCCAUCAUUUCCGAGACGAAGCAGCCGCCAAGUUGAUUGACACCGAUGCUUGCGCAAGGCAGGCACAGCUAAUGAUAUCAGACUUUGUUGAGGAUGCAAGCUUGACGACUUUACAAGUAAUGGUCAUGCUACUCCUUAAUGAGACACUCUGCGGUCAUUUGCAAGCAGCGUGCAUGUAUCACGCCAUAGCAUGCCGUACCGUCUGUGUCUUGGGAGGCCAUACCAUGGUUGGCGACCCCCCUAAAGAUCGCAAACUCACUGUUGAGGAGCUGGAGGAGCGUCAGAUCCGCAUACUGUUCUGGCUUUGCUAUCUUUUUGACAAAGACAUGGCCCUGAGAAAUGGCCAACCCCCCAUCAUAAGCGACGAGUUUUGUGACCUUACGCUUCCGCAAGAGUAUCUGGAAAACCGCUUCUCCAGCGAAGCCCUGACAGCCACAAACGCUUCCCAGAGGCCAUUCCUGCCGAAUGAUCUCCGACUGAGUCUCCUCAAGUCAAAGGCUGUCAGUGCUCUUUACUCUGCCGGUUCCCUACGCAAGUCGGAUGCCGAACUCCUCCGUACCAUCCGUGAGCUGGACGAGGACUUGGAGAACUGGCGCGCUUCCAUCCCGCCUGAAUACGCCCCUGCGCUAUCCGUCAGCAAACACGUCAAGCUGGCUGAUACUCUGAACAAGACUACCAGCAUGCUUCAUAUUGAGCUUCAUCUAGACUACCACUAUCUUUUGAACAUCAUCCAUUGUGCCAGCGGCCGGUGUGUGGUUGACUGGAGCGAGUCCGGCAAGGAAAUGAUCUUUGGCUUACAGUCCAGCCUGGACUUAUCCGUCGAGGCUAGUCGAUCGACUCUCAUCUAUCUGAGGGAAACUGCGCCCCGACUGGCUGGCGAAGCGUUCUGGGUCUUCAUCUUUUAUCCCGUAUCUGCUCUCUUGAGCAUCUUCUUCAACAUCCUACGGAAUCCUCUACACGAAUACGCAGAGAAAGACGUGGAGCUUCUGGCGUCGGCUACAACACUCAUUCGAAGCAUGCCCAUCCAUCGAGUCACGACCCAUGAGCUCGAAUAUCUCCGGAAAAUGGAUGCUUUCAUCGCGGAAUUAACCCGUCUUAGCAGAGCAGCGAUUGAAAAGGCAGGGCUGGAGAAUGGUGCCAUAGGGCAAUAG